AUGAUGCCUCGACCGAUCAUCAAGGACACCUUUGGCUUGACAUACCGUAAGAUACCCGUAUUGGCCAUCGGCAAGGAAGUCUACUGUGAUACCUCUCUAAUCUGCGAGGCGCUGGAGCACUUCUUUCCGGAGUCCGAGGGUUACCAGACACUGUACCCUCCGGCGGCGGACGGUAGGAAUUACCGACCAAUGAUUAGAGGUUUCGCUUCAUACUGGACUGAUCGACCGCUGUUUCGCGUGACGACGGGGCUGAUUCCGGCGAGCGUCUGGCGAACGUCCUUCGGCGAGGAUAGGGCGGGCCUCAUUGGGCACAAGCUCGACCCAGACAAGCUUGAGAAGAAGCUUCCGGAGAAUAUGUCAAGGCUCGAUAUGCAGCUGUCAAUGAUCGAGCCGCUCUUUGAUGCGAAAGACACGCCGUGGAUCUUCUCAACUAGUUCGCCUUCUUUGGCAGAUGUAUCGCUCUACUACCAGCUUUCUUGGGGCAGUGAUAUUGCAGCGGGUCGUCUGAUAGAUAACCUGACAGCAGGCGGGACGCAGGACACCAAUACCGAAGGUAUAAAAGCCGUCUUCAACGCUCAGCGUUACCCAGGGGUUUACCAAUGGUACAAGACCUUUGAACGCUAUGUCGAGAAUCUAGCGUCUACCGAGACGAAGGAUCCAGAUUUCGCCAACGUGUUAAAGGAGGCGAAGAAGUCGCCCUCGUUGGGGCGCAGGUCUCUGUUGCUUCCCACACCACGCAACACCGUAGACGAGCUGGACCGGAAGUGCGGCCUUGUCGAGGGCGCUGUUGUCUCUGUGGCGCCGGAUGACACGGGCCGUAACGACCCCACUGUGGGCACCCUUGUCGCCAUGUCACCGGAGGAGGUCGUCAUCAGGCCUCUGGUAGAAAAGCCGGUCGAGGUCGACGCACGCAUGCAUUUCCCUCGUCUUGGCUUUGUUGUGCGCUUAGUGGACAGGCCCAAAAUAUAG